CUGCAGAAUGAAGAGGAGCCGUGUGAGACUGCGCCGGUGGUGAAUGAUGCCCCUCCGCCUUACAGCAGCAUUUCUGCAGAGAACACAGCUUAUUUUGACUACAAGGAUGAGUCAGGAUUUCCAAAGCCUCCAUCUUACAACGUGGCCACGACACUGCCUAGUUAUGAUGAGGCAGAGAGAACCAAGGCUGAAGCCACAAUUCCCCUGGUUCCUGGAAGGGAUGACGAUUUUGUGACACGGGAUGACUUUGAUGACACCGACCAGCUGAGGAUAGGAAAUGACGGCAUUUUCAUGCUGACUUUCUUCAUGGCAUUCCUCUUCAACUGGAUUGGAUUUUUCCUGUCUUUCUGUCUGACUACUUCGGCUGCAGGACGAUAUGGGGCCAUUUCUGGGUUUGGUCUGUCGCUUAUUAAGUGGAUCCUUAUUGUCAGGUUCUCCACCUACUUUCCUGGUUACUUUGAUGGCCAGUAUUGGCUUUGGUGGGUCUUCCUUGUACUAGAUGUUUUCUGGCAAAUGUCUUCCUGCAUUAGUGAAUUCUCCCUCAAGAAGCAACAGGACACCUGCAGGAAGUGAAUCAAGACUCUGGAGCAGAAGAAAAAAUAAUCACCUGCUUUAAAAGAAAUAAAUAAAAGUACUGU